GCUAGCACAAUGGAGUUCUCGUCCAUAAAUGCUACAAUAAUACAAAUAAUACAUCAGGAAGAAGCUGAACAGGGAGCAAGCCCCUUUUCAGAUCACCUUUAAAUAAGAGUAAUUCAUAUAAGAAGACAGACAAGUGGGGUGUUUGUGUUUGAGGAGCUGCACCAAAUUCAUUAAGUAACAUGUUUGUGGACAUAUGUUUGUGUGUUUCUGAACUAUAUUUGGAUGUACUGGCUAUAAAAAGCCCUCAGUGCAAAGUGACCUUUAGCAGAAGUCAGAUCUCCUGUCCGUGCUGUUGCUGACUGCCCACGAGAGAAGAUUCAAGCCUAUUAAAAUUGCAUUUCUUCUCUUCUUGUUCCCCAUGAGGAUGACCAAAGAGGCCAUAUCUCUGCACUCCCUGAACCAGACAUUAAACAGGUCACAAAGGACUAUGUGUGUUAGUACUACAAGGAGGAACAAGGCAAGGCUCCAUUGUGCUGGGAAGGGGCUAUAGCAAGAUGGGGCAAGGGAAGAAACUAAACUACUAGAAUGACAGGGUGGAAAACAGGCUGCAGAACGUGGAGAGACAGUUCAAAGAGCUAAACUCUGCCAUGGAGAAACUGACUCAGAAGCUGCAGUUUCAGGAUAAAGCUCUGGAGAAGCUGAUGGGCGAGGAUGAGAUGUGGAUAUACUUGCUGGAGGACAGGUUCACUUCAGUGGAGAUAAAUCUUUUCUACAGCUAUGUCAGUGAAAUGCUUUGCUGCUUGCAUUCCUGUGUCAGAGCAGAGCUGCCAGAUCUGGCGGGAGGCCUCCCCACCUUAGCCUCUGUCAUGAGGCGCAAAGGCAAGAACCAGAGAAUUAGACUGGUGUGGGAAGCAGUGCUGGAGAUGCUGGGGAUGCAAGAAGGAGAUGUCUUAGCUCUAUGCACCUUUUUCAUCAUACAUUGGUCUGAAGCACAGUAUUACCCAGCUAACCAGAGGCAAAUGUACACCAGUGAUAUCAGCAUGAUGAUAACCAAGGUGGUGAAGAACCAGAUCCUUCGACAGAGCCUGCUGUGUGCUGUCCAGGUGGUAGAGACUCGCAGAGCACAGACGGAUCCAAAAAAGAUAGCAACCCUUGUCCAAAAAUAACCUAUGUGGCAGAUUUCUUAAACUCCCUCACCCACUUAGGAUAAACAAGCUUACAAUCUAAACUGGUUCCUACAUAAACAUGCAAUUACAUACUCAUGCGUGUGUAUAUCAACACACAGAUCCAUAUGUACAAACGCUCUGAACCAUGACACACCAAUGUGUAUCAUGAGUCUGAAAAGCCAGGCAGAUUCCCAGAAUCAAUACAGCAGUCAUCACCAUCAUAUACAAGCUCAGUAUGUACAUGCAAAUGUGUAGCCAGAGGCUGCUGGGAGGGACAGAAAGAUUCUUCUGUCUCUUAGCUAAAAUAUUUUGACACUUGCAUAAUGCUGAAGAGUUCAAAUGCCAACAUUUUCCAUCAUAAAAUCUGCUUUGCUCUACUUUGUAUUCUCAUUGCAUGUCUAUGAAAGCUGUAAACUGUAGUAUGAAACAAACACUAAUUUCUUAUAAUAAAACUCCUUGGUUUACCUUUAAUCUGUGUACUGCUCUGCGGAAAAUCAGUAUUUUCACAGAAUUCUAGGAAUAUAGAACUGGAAGGAAUCUCAUGAAGUCAUCAAGACCAGUCCACUAUCCUGAGGCAGGACUAAACCUACUUUCGACCAUCCCUAACAGGUGUCUGUCCAACCUGUACUUAACCUCCAAUGAUGGGGACUCCACGGUC